AUGCUCCAGAGAGCGGUCCCUCGAACCGGGCCGGCAGGCCCACGCCCGGAUGAUAGCAUCGGGCUUCGAACCCAGGGUCUUCGUCUCAAACUGUUUGUUGAGGAUGUAGACAAGAUGCUCCCGUUUGGACACUGCUCUCUGUGGAAAAAUGGAUAUGGCCCAAUCGAUUUUCGGAUCGAUGACAGAGAGGGAUGUGAUUUCGUGGAACUCUCUGAUCUCUGUAUUUGCGUUGCCAACGCCAUUUUGGAUGCGUACAGUAAAUGUGGAUCUUUACAGGAAGCUCGUCAAGUAUUUGACGAGAUGGAAGUAAGAGAUGCCUUGUCUUGGAAUUCUGUCAUUGCAGCUUGUGAACAGAACAAAAACGACGAGACCUUGUCGCAAUUUGUUUCCAUGCUUCGGUUGAGGAUGGAGCCAGACGAGUUCACAUUCGGGAGCCCAUGGCGUGCGGGCUCGGUCGAGAAGCUCGAGGGAAUAGUCCCGAACCACGCAACUUUCGUGGCGGUCCUUCGAGCUUGCGGGCACAUCGGGCUUGUAGACGAGGCACUCGGUUGCUUCAACAUUAUGAAAAACGAGCACGAGUUAGAACCUCAACUCAAGCAACUCGGGCCAUGUGGCGGAUGCACUAAGAUGAUUCGAGAAAUGCCGUUGGAAGCCGAUGAUGUGAUUUGGAGGAUGCUUUUUAGCACGUAUGUGGGGCUGGGUGUCGAAGAUGAGGAGAGUGAUGAGGCAUGGGAGGGUGAAGAAGGGUCCCGGGUGCAGCUGGGGCGAGUUGUGCACAUGUUUCUUGCUGGAGAUAAGGCGCACCCGAGGUGCCGUGAGAUUUACGGGAGAUUGAUUGUUGAUUGGAGGGACGAAGAUGGAUGUUUGUGGAGAGGUUUUGAGGAUGGAUGA